GAGAGUCGGAGUGAAAGUGUUUGAAGGAACGAGCAUUAAAAGCUCAAGAGGCCUGCGUUCUACUGCUGUUCCUGCACUGUAAAGUGUGUGUCUGAAUGUUAAAGUGUGUGUGUAUAGAUGUGUGAAUGUUUAAGUGUGUGGGUGUGUAUGAAUGAGGCUGGCAGUGGGACUGUAGCUGAAUCUCAGCUUACUGCAGUAAAAGCAUCGCAGAACAUCGCAGCACUUCUGAAGACUUAAUCAGAAACCUUGGAGAUGCUUGGAGGAGAACUUUAGGUCGUUCUGGGUCUGCUAGAAUGUUCUCCUGUUUCUCGCCUGUCCUGUGAGUGGACGUAGACCCGACUGCACCUGUUCCGUCCAGGCAUUGGGCUACGUGCAGUGGCUGAGCACUGAUAUGGCUAAAGGGGCAAGGCAGGCCCAGAAUUUCUUGCUACAGCGCUGUGUCCACCUCCACUUCCUGUGGCCCAUUGUGAGCGUCUGAUCCCGACGGCCUCUCUGGGUUCCCACUCACCGGGCCUCCUGGCUUCACUGCAGGUCGAUCAUGGGAGGAUGCCUCUCCAAACCCAAACCAGAGGUGAAAGUUGAGCUGACGCUUCUGGAUAAGGAGAAGGAACCGGACCUGAUGUCCCCAAACGGAAAGGCCAGUCCGUUCUCUGAGUAUCGUCCUAACGGAUCCCUGGGUCACUGCUCAGAUGAGGACCAGUCAGUCCAGCGACCCUCACACAAACACAGAGACUACAUCGAGGCCACAGUGUGUCACGUCAAAGAUCUGGAGAAUGGACAAAUGCGUGAGGUGGACCUGGGGCCAGGCAGAGCUCUGCUUAUUAAAGAACAUGGAGAAUUCUCUGCCAUGGGACACAAAUGCCCACACUAUGGAGCACCACUCGUUAAGGGAGUUUUAUCUAAAGGACAUGUUCGGUGUCCAUGGCAUGGUGCCUGUUUUAACAUUGCAACUGGAGACAUCGAGGACUUCCCUGGCCUGGAUAGUCUGCCCACCUUUCAGGUCAGAGUUGAAAAGGAAAAGGUGAUUAUCCGGGCAAACAAGCAGGCUCUACAGACCCAGAGGAGGAUGAAGGCCAUGGCUAAAUGUUCAGCAGUCAUCAACUCCAGUACUAGCUUCAGCCAUGUUCUCAUCAUCGGAUCAGGUCCUGCUGCGUUGGUGUGUGCUGAAACGUUACGACAGGAAGGUUUUACUGACCGCAUCGUGAUGUGCACCAUGGACAAACACCCACCCUAUGACAGACCUAAACUGAGUAAGUCAUUAGAAAGCACAGCUGAACAACUGCAACUGCGCUCAAUUGACUUCUUUCAGAACCACGACAUCGAGCUGUUACUGGAGACAGAGGUUGUAUCUGUCGAUGUAAAGACGAAAACCGUGGCAUUUCAGGAUGGGUAUAAGAUGGAGUACAGGAAACUAUUUAUUGCUACAGGAAGCAGGCCCAAGGCCAUAAACUACAAGGGCAAAGAUGUCAGCAAUGUGUUUCAUCUAAGAACUCCUGAGGAUGCCAACAGCAUAGCCAGACUGGCCAGCAGUAAGAAUGCUGUCAUUGUCGGGACAUCAUUUAUUGGGAUGGAGGUGGCUGCAGCACUGACAGAUAAAGCUCACUCUGUGUCUGUAAUCGGCAUCGAGGCUGUGCCUUUCCGAAAAGUACUGGGAGAGAAAGUGGGGAAAGCACUGAUGAAGCUGUUUGAGAUGAACCGAGUGAAGUUCUACAUGCUGAAUGAGGUGUCAGAAAUGAGAGGACAUCAAGGACAGUUAAAAGAAGUGGUGUUGAAAAGUGGAAAGGUAUUAAGAGCAGACGUGUGUGUUAUUGGCACAGGUUCGAUUCCUGCCACUGCAUUUCUUAAACAAAGUGGAGUGCACAUAGAUUCAAAGGGAUUCAUUACUGUCAACAAGAUGAUGCAGACGAAUGUGGAAGGUGUGUAUGCUGGUGGUGAUGUAGUAACAUUUCCCCUGACUCUACGGGGCAAUAAGAAGGUGAACAUCCCUCACUGGCAAAUGGCCCAUGUCCAUGGAAGGGUCGCUGCUUUGGGCAUGAUGGGAAAAACCUCAGAUAUACGAACAGUGCCUUUCUUCUGGACUGCUAUGUUUGGUAAAAGCAUACGCUACGCAGGUUACGGGGAUGGAUUUGAUGAUGUCAUCAUCCAGGGAGAUUUGGACGAACUGAAAUUCGUAGCAUUCUACACAAAAAAUGAGGAGGUGAUGUCUGUGGCCAGUAUGAACUAUGACCCCAUUGUGUCUCGGGUUGCAGAGGUCUUUUGUUCUGGAAAGACUAUUAAGAAGCGUGACGUAGAGACGGGAGAUAUCUCAUGGUUGAUAGACAAAGGCUCGCAGUGAGAGGACAAAACAUCCAAAGUAUCCACCUGGAUAAUCUCAGUAUUGGUUAUAUGUGACACUGCAUGCUUGAUGGACUUGGAUCCGCAUGUAGACGGGUUCGUGCCAAACCAGGGUUCACAUGUGGCAUGAACCCGCACCCUGAAGAGACUCUACUUGGAGCUGUAAAUGCAUUCAGUUUUACUCUAUUCUAAACUCCAGCAUUUUCACAAGUCCUCACAAACUGAAGAGGACUGCUGGGAAUUUUUAGUAUAUUUCUGAACACUGACAUGUCUCCAAGCUUGGCCUUGUCUUGUGCACGAAGUAACUACCUGAACACAGUGUUUAUAAGGGCAGUGAAGGAAAAAAAUAGCAUUUUUGUAUGAUCUUGUAUAUUGUUACCAGAAAUUGGAUUACGUUUUUGUGUGUACUAAACCUUUGCAGAGUUUGUAAUGCUACCAAAUAGCCUGGGAAUGCUAACUGGCGCUAAAGAGCAAGAGCAUUUUGCAUUGUAUAGAUAUGCAGCUUCUGUUUUUAUGCCACUUGGGUAUGACGUUUGCUAUGAAAUCCUGUUAUAUCUUAAGAAAAUCAAUUUUUAUGAAAAUUAGCACAUGCAAGUCUUGCUUUAGGUCAUCAUGGUGGCACCCAGGUCAGUUAGAAACAGCUAAACAGACUUUAGCUCUUUAACCCUGGCCUAGUCACACCAGACAUGGAACAAUGAUGACAAUGGGCACUCGGGUUGCACAUCAGUCUAAUGUGUUUACUCAACACUACAGAAACCCGAGUGUUAGUGGUGUCGUUGGUCUGGUUGGACAGACACAAUUGGCCUUGUCUGAAAGAAUGAAGGUUGGAUAGGACUCACUUCCUUGCUACUGUCUAGUUAAGGUGUCAGCAUGAGUGCAAAAGGAAUACAGUGAGAAAAGCAUGUUCCUCUGUACAUGUGCAAGGGGCUCAGUAAGAACUCUGAACAUCCUGCUCUGUCACACCAAACCCCUUGCAUGUCCUCCCUUACCGCACCCAUAAACCUCCUUUUUGGUCUUCCUCUCCUCGUCCUAUUUGGCGACUCCGUCUUCAGUGCCCUUCUCUUGAUAGAACUCUCAUCCCGCUUCUGCACAUGCCCAAACCCAAACCAUCUCAAUCUCACUCAUUUUCUUAACCACUUAUCCAAUUAGGGUCACGAGGGGUGCUGGAGCCUAUCCCAACUUUUUAAUGGGCACAAGGCACAUAGUAACACCCUGGACGGGGCGCCAGUCCAUUGCAGGGCACACACACAUACACACACACAUUUACCUAUAGGGCAAUUCAGUGUCUCCAAUUAACUUGACUGCAUGUUUUUGUACUGUGGGAGGAAACCGGAGCACCUGGAGGAAACCCAUGCGGACACAGGGAGAACAUGCAAACUCAAAACGCACAGAAAGGACUCGGGCCUCCCCGCCUGGGGAUCAAACCCAGGACCUUCCUGCUGUGAGGAGGCUACCAUCUCAAUCUCUCCUCCCUAAUAUCCCAUCCUCAUCACUCCCAACGAGACCUUUUACUUUCAUUCCCCUUUUCUUCAGUGAAUACCUCCAUCUCUCCAGGUUCUCCUCAACCUGCUCCCUCCUCUGAAUACAAAUCACAAGUUCAUCCUUAUUAAUUAAAUGAAUAUAAAAAUAAGUAGACGAUAGAUUAAAUGUGAAUGCCCACUUUGCUGCAGCAAUGCACGUCUCAUUGGCACUGUGCCCUUAUCGCUGACCAACAGCUUUUAUGUUGUACCUUUUAAAGUAUGUCCAGUUGCCUUGCUGGUUAAUUGCACAAAAUAUUAAUAAUAUAUUCAAAGCUAUACCUCUAUAGGAAUAAUGCUAGAGAUAUAAAACUAUAAGCUUUUAUUUAAUUAUCUUGUAUUGACUGAUUAAUUGAUGAUUUAAUAUAUUUUUGAUGUAGUAUGCAAUAAUUUUGAAUGCUGAUCUGGUAGUUUGGACCUCCUGAAGCUCCUUUUUGUUACUAACUCAGGGAUAGGAGGGUCAAGUCCUGCUUAUAUAAGGGUUUGUCCUGUUGACCAAAAAAAUAAAAAUAAUAAAAAACUUGUUGCUUUUA